AUGCAGUGCUCCAUAGCAUACAGUUGGGCAAUUCUUUGCCUCGGCUGUUUAAUUGCAGUUGAAUCUAAAGGGAAGAAACCAAGUGGCGGCGGUGGCCAGGGUACUGGACAAGUCAUUAAAGAUGAAUUUGGGAACCUUGAAGAAGCAAUGCAACUCCUGAUCGAAAAACUGAAAACAGAUCUGAAAGAUGAUUCUGCAAGUACGAGAGAUGAGGUGUCAAAUCUGAGGGAUGACGUGUCAAAUCUGAGGGAUGACGUGUCCAACCUAAGACUGGGUGAAUCCGAUGUUCGUGACAAUCUGGUGGAAUUGAAAGAAUCGAUGGCAGAAAUGAAGAAACAGUUGAGCGAAUUAUCAAAUGAUAACACCGAGAAAGAUGACACUGACGACAUUAAGACCAUUGAACCACUGCUUGACUCAGAAGUUUGCAACAAGUCCUCCACAAUGUUCCAAGAAAUUAAAGAUCAGCUGAAGGGUUGCCAAAAAGAUGCGUUAACAACCGAAAGUCGUAUCAAUGUUGCCGCCAGUUCUGAAGUUUGUAACAAAUCAUCGAGGAUGUUUGAAGCCAUUCAAGAACAACUAAAGAACUGUCGACGCCCGGAAACCACGGAGAAUAAUAAAGCAAAUGGAAACUUCACCGAGUCCACAUCGGGGACAGAAUCGUUGAAGGAAGAUCUUGAAAUGAUGAUUCGGGAACAAAUGAGGAAACUAGUAGAGACGUGCAAGACAGGAUCAGAUGAUCAAACAUAUUCAGAACUGUCUACCAAUGUCACAUUUCCUGUAGCAGAAGAUUGCAGUGGGCAAGCGGAUGGAGUCCAUAUAAUAACCACCAGGACUGGUAAACAGUUUCUUGCAAGAUGUGAAAGCGGUUGGCUCAUACUUGCACACCGCUUCGAUGGGAGUGUGGACUUCAACCUGGAUUGGGCAGCUUACAGACAGGGCUUUGGCAAUAUUUUCAGAGAACACUUUAGAGGAAUGGACAACAUUGUAGCUGUGUUACAACAGAAGAUAUACAAGGCAAGGUUUGACCUGACAACAUGGGAGAAUGAGACACGAUACGCUGAAUAUAGAACAUUUGACAUUAAUGAUGAAAAGAACAAAUACCGGUUGAAUAUUGAUGGCUAUAGUGGAACAGCAGGUGAUUCAAUGAAAAAUGCCAAUCAUGACCAAUUCUCAACCAAGGAUUCUGAUAACGAUGCUGACAAAAGACAUUGCGCUGUGGUUUUUCAAGGGCCUUAUUGGUAUGGAAGUGGUUGUAACGGCGUCUAUGGUUCUGUCUUUGGCAAAUACAUAAAAGGUUCCAAAUGCACAGGUAACUAUGCGGGUGCAUUUGGCUGUAUAACUUGGCAUUAUUGGCCUGAGAAACUCCCUGGAGUUACUGCCAAUUAUCAUUAUUCUUUCAAAGAGAUAAAGCUCAAAAUCCGACCAAUUUAA